AAAUAUUACGGCUAUAAGUAUCGAUGCACCGUUAUUUCAGCUGAAAAUAUUGUUUAAUAUAAUCGUUCGAACAGUUUGUUAAUUUACUUUCGUUCGCGUGUUUCAUAGUGACAGUUUUCAAUUUCAUUUCAACAGUGGUCCAUUGUGUUUUGAUAACAUCGAUAUACCAAAAUUCAAAUAAUGGGCGUAGAAUCCUUACAACAACCCACAUAUAUCCUUGAACCACAACCGAUUCGAUGGACAAAAAGUUUCUUGGAUAAAUUGAAUAUAGACGUCAGCACUUUUGAUAAUAUAUGCCAGUUUAUCGGCGAGCUUAUCGGCACCGCAAUGUUGGUAUUUCUCGGUUGUAUGGGAUGUUCCUAUAAUGAGAGCUUCGAACACAGUAUGUUUCAAUCGGCCUUUACCGUUGGUUUAGUAGUGAUGUCGAUCGUGCACUGUUUCGGUUGCGUUUGUGGAGCACAUUUGAAUCCCGCCAUCACAUUGGCCGUUUACAUUUACGAUAUGAUUUCGCUCACAAUGGCGAUAUUUUAUUUUUUGGGCCAAUUACUUGGCGCUUUUCUAGGUUACGCCCUUAUGAUGGCAUUAAUACCCGACAGUGCAGUGCGAUUGGGUGGUGCCGCGCAUGGUGUCUGCGUUGCCACACCCCAUCCACAAAUUACCACAAUGCAGGGAUUCUGGAUCGAAUUCAUUCUCACGGCGAUGCUGAUAUUCACCACCUGCAGUGCGGCCGAUUCACGAAACAUCACAUUUCAAGACUCUUUGCCGAUCCGCUUCGGCUUAACUGUUACGGCCCUCAGUCUUGCGGGGGGUCAAUACACUGGUGCUAUGUUGAACCCUGUUAAAGCUGUGGCUUCAGCCGUCUGGACUUCCGAUUACCAGGACCAUUGGGUAUACUGGGCGGCGCCAAUGCUCAGUGCAGCAGUUAGUGCCACCUUCUACAAAGUGAUAUUCAAGCGAGAUAUGGUGCAGCGGGAUUUGAACGAAAAGCGAUGACACGCCAUUUUGUACGAACUUUGUAUUAAACAUAUAUCUCGAAAAAGUUAAAAUGUGCUACAAAAUUUUUGCAUGGCCAUUCAAGUAUCGUUUCUACAAUCAAUUUGAAGUAUUGUAAUAGAAGGAAUUUGAUUUCAACUUCAAUGUGUCAAAUACCAAACAUUUGUCAAAUGUAAAUAUUUUUUCACUUUCAUCAUAUCAAACAUUUGUAAUUUGCUUCAUAAAUUCUACAUUAUUCCGAUGUCCAUUUUCUCGAUGUAAUAAAAACAUAAAAGUGUUGUGUAAAACCUGA